GGGCUCGACUGCAGGGAAUCAAGGCUGGGAGGAGAGGGGCUGUCAACAAACGCGACAAAAUCGUCUUGACGACUUCAUUUGACCUGAUUCCACUCUCGUUUACCUGUUCCUCUUCUUGGUUCGCACGAUGGUUGACUUUAUUUUCGAGUUUUGAUGCCAAGAGAGUGGAAGCGAGCUGCAUUGUCUCUCUGCGUAGAUCUGCCUCACUCUCCAUUCUGCCAAAACAGUGCGAUUUUUGUUUGAAGCAUUGUUUAGGUAGUCUAUUGGUAACUGUUUGAUCAGUUAGCUGGUUAUCUGUAUAGUUAGUCGCUCAUAAUUGUUGCAGUUAAUUGAUUUACAUUGUUUAGUUUGUCUUUUGCUUUAUCAUGCUUUAUUGUAAUGCGGUUUUAGCAGGCUAAAGAAACAUGAAGUGUCUUAGGUGAAAUCCUUACUGUGGCAUACUCUGGUGCGCAAUAGACCUCCAUUAGUAAUUGGCUAGUCUCUUUUACCAAUAAGCAUCCCCAACAAACCAAGAUAAACAAUUUUGUGGACGGAAGCCUAAGUGCACGAUGAGGUCCCUCCAGGACUUUUUGAAUUGCACUUAAAAAGGAGAGCGAAGGAGAGAGAGAGAGCGAGAGAGCGGCUACAGGAAGCGACGCCUGCCAACCCUCAAAAACACCAAACAUACUCGCCUCAUCUUAACCUUUGAAAAUAAUUACAACUCUUGAUUCGGUUGCUAGAAUAUUUUGAUAUAGACGUUCUUAUUUCUCAGUAAAACUAAAGGAAGAUGAAGAAGUUUCGGAAGGUACUGGAUGGCCUGUCUUCCUCCUCUCAGGGGGCUGUCGCGUCCCCGUCAUGCAGCAGUGCAGCCUGUACCCCGCCCACUCCACAGAAUAUCAAUGUCCAGGAGACGCUACUCUCGGAAAACUUUCACAUAUGCAAGACGGUACGCCACGGCUUCCCCUACCAACCCACCUGCCUGGCAUUCGACCCCGUCCAGAAGCUCCUCGCCAUCGGCUCCAGAACAGGAGGCAUACGCAUACUGGGCCGGCCUGGUGUGGACUGCUACAGCCAGCAUGAGAGUGGAGCCGCUGUUCUCCAGCUACAGUUCCUCAUCAAUGAGGGAGCUCUGGUCACAGCAUGUGCAGAUGACACACUGCACCUGUGGAACUUUCGCCAGAGACGCCCAGCCAUCCUGCACUCGCUCAAAUUCAACAGGGAGAGGAUCACGUUUUGCCACAUCCCCUUCCAGAGUAAAUGGCUGUACGUGGGCACAGAGCGUGGCAACACACACAUCGUCAACAUCGAAUCCUUCGUUCUGUCUGGAUACGUCAUCAUGUGGAACAAGGCCAUAGAGUUAGCAACUAAAGCCCAUCCAGGACCCGUAGUCCAUCUGAGUGACAGCCCGAAGGAUGAAUGCAAGUUGCUGAUAGGGUUUGAAAGUGGAACAGUAGUACAGUGGGACCUCCGGGCCAAGAAGGUUGACUUCAGAAUCUAUUACGAUGAAGCUAUCCAUUCUGUGAGCUGGCACCAUGAAGGGAACCAGUUCAUGUGUAGCCACUCAGACGGCAGCUUGACGAUGUGGAACCUGAGGAACACAGCCAGACCUAUUCAGAUCACAUAUCCUCAUGGGAAGAUACUGAAGGAAGGGAGGAAGGAGUCGUGUAAGCCCAUCCUCAAGGUGGAAUACAAGACCUCCAGAAACAGCAACGAGCCCUAUGUCAUCUUCUCUGGCGGUCUGUCAUACGACAAGGCUGGGGGACGGAGGCCCACCCUGACCAUCAUGCAUGGCAAGGCCCUUACGGUGCUGGAGAUGGACCACCCUAUCGUAGAGUUCCUGGUGCUCUGUGACACCCCAUACUCCAACAAGAUCCAGGAUCCGUAUGCGGUAGUGCUGCUUCUAGAAAAGGACUUUAUCAUGGUUGAUCUGACACAGAGCAAUUUCCCCAUCUUUGAGAACCCAUACCCCAUGAACAUCCACGAGUCUCCUGUCACCUGUACAGCCUACUACGCCGAGUGCCCCCCGGACAUCAUCCCAGUCCUCUACUCCGUAGGAGCCAAGCAGAAGAAGACCGGCUACAGCCACAAGGAGUGGCCAGUGAGUGGCGGUACGUGGACAUUAGGCUCACAGACCUACCCAGAGGUUAUCGUUACAGGACACGCAGAUGGAACCGUAAGGUUUUGGGAUGCAUCUGCUAUUACGCUGCAGAUGCUGUACAAGCUGAAGACGUCUAAGGUGUUUGAGAACCCCAAUGCGGGUGAUGGCCGGACGGUCGAGCAGGUAGAGGAGGACCCUUACGCCAUUCAGAUGGUCCGCUGGUGCCCGCAGAGCCGCCUCUUCUGUGUGGUGGGCAUCUCUGCCCACGUCAUCCUCUACCGCUUCAGCAAAAACGACGCCAACGCAGAGAUAGUGUCUCUGGAAGUGCGUCUGCAGUUUGAUCCAGAGGACGUCAUCUCCCUGUCAGAGACAGACCCGUGUUUCUCAGACCCCAGUUCCCACUCCCCCCAGAUGCCCGGUAGCCCCAGCAACGGCUCACAAGACAGCCUCCACUACCGCAAGGUAAAGAGUCGUCCAGUGCGCAUGCCCCCGGGGUACCAGGCUGAGUUGGUGAUGCAGCUACAGUGGGUGGAUAGAGAGCCCCCCCAGCAGAUCACCAGCCUGGAUAUCAACUCUGCCUAUGGCCUUCUAGCGUUUGGGAGCUGCAAUGGUCUAGUGGUGGUGGACUACAUUCAGAAGACCAUCCUGAUGUGUGUGAGCACGUUGGACCUGUACGGAGCCGCUGACCCCUACCAACGUCUCACACGCUCCCCACGCAAAAACAGACAGUCCACCUCAGACUUUUGCAUGCGCAGCCUGUCUCACUUUUAUUCAGAUUCCAAGAAAAGGAUCCGUAAGUCCUAUCAGAGCCUAACGGAACUGUCCGACAACCAGGUGUCCAUGGACAUCGAGAGAAGCAAGUCACCCAUCUCAGAUCAUGUCAAUGGACAUUGCACUAGCCCCACCUCCCAGCCAUGCUCCUUGGGGAAGUCUCGCAUUCCUGGGGCUCCUGAGGGCCCGCGGCUCCCCCGGAGAGGCCCCGGCCGACCACCCUUCCGCAAGGCCCAGUCUGCCGCUUGCAUGGAGAUCUCUUUGCCAGUUUCCUCCCUCACAGAAGAAAGCAGAGAGAAUUCGUUCAGCUUCUCGCGGAGCUCCAGUGUGUCCAGUAUCAGCCGCGACACCAAGGAAGCGGUGACCACGCUGCAGUUCGGAGAGUCCUACGGUCGUAAAGGUGACUCCCUGCCCACCGCCUGCCUGUGGGCGGGCACCAGCCUGGGCGUGGUCCUCCUACUGCCCAUAUCCAUCCCCACAGAGAAGGAGAGGCUGGAGGAGCCUGUCACCAUGGGGCCCAGCGGUACCGUCCUGAUGCUGAAGGGCUCAGUGCUAAGCUUUUCCUUCCUGGACUGUGGGGGCACCCUUAUCCAGAGUCCCUACGAGGUAUGGCGGGAACCUAACGUCCCCGAGGACCCCGACGAGCCCCGCAGGCGCAAGCUGGUCAACUUAUCCCCGCUGUCUUCCCAGGAGGCAUGUGGGGACGGUCACCUGGCCGUGGUGUGUUCUGAGAAACAGGCCAAGGUCAUCCUCAUGCCUACCCAGGCCGUCCUGUUCACACACAACGUCACAGAGUCUUCCUUCCUCCUGCGGGCCGACGUCGUCUCCGUCUGCAACAGCGUCUGCCUGGCCUGCUUCUGCGCCAACGGACACGUCAUGACCCUCAGUUUGCCCAGUCUGAGACUCCUAAUGGAUACUAACUACUUUCCCCUGACGGACAUGCGUAUCGCCCGUACCUUCGUCUUCACCAACGGCGGUCAAGCUCUGUACCUGAGCUCUCCUACAGAGAUACAACGCAUCGCAUACAGCCAAGAGAUGACGGACAACCUGCAGGACAUGCUGGGGGAGCUGUUCACUCCUAUAGAAGCACCAGAGGCCCAGAACCAAGGAUUCCUCAAGGGAUUCUUCGGAGGCAACGCCCAGACCUUCGACAGAGACGAGCUGUUUGGGGAGGCAGCAGCGGGAAAGGCCUCUCGGAGCCUGGCCCAGCACAUCCCUGGUCCAAUGGGAUUGGAAAACGUGAGGGCUGCAGCCGGCGGGGUGGUGGGGGACCUGGCCCGAGCCCGCAUCGCCUUGGAGCAGAGAGGAGAGAGACUGGGAGAGCUGGAGGAACGCACCACCCUCAUGAUGAAAAGUGCAGAGACGUUCUCAACACACGCCCACCAGGUAAUGCUGAAACACAAGGACAAGAAAUGGUAUCAACUUUAAAGUAGGACAGCGGGCCACGACUGCUGCUGCUUUGCUGGGACAUGGACCAUCACUCUACAGAUGAGAGAGAGACAGAGAGAAAUGACUUUGUAUUUAUGGGCCUCUCUGUAGGACGUCUGUACAUCAUUGUCACAAGACUUGGACAGAGGGCGGUCACUGAGAUGGACACAGACCAGGAAGUAAGUUGGUAAGACAGGGGAACCCAGGAAGUGGAUGAUGACAUCAGUGUGCGUGUGGGUGGGUUACCCAGAUCUUGCUGUGUAGAUACUCUUAACGUUAUGAAACCAACAAGACUGAAUUAAACAAAAUGGAUGACUACUGAUAACAUACAACUGCCAUGUCAAAAGGCAGCAUGCUACUGUAAGAAAUAAUACAUAUAAAAUGUAUUGAAUAAUAUAAUAUAAACAAAAGAAUGUGUGAUUUCAAAAAUAAUAAUACUUUUUGAAAUAUUUAAAAAAAUAUAUAUAUAAAAAU